GAGAACGAGAUAGACGCGAUACCUGCCAUCAGCAGCCUACAACAUGGCCUGUCGUUUCGCUGGCCAGUUGAGCAGAGCACACUGCUCACGAAUCAUUACGUCACUCAUGUUUGCCGAAUCACCUCGUCUUUCGACUCCAGCAAGAACCCAUUUCGGGCCGAUGUAUUGGAAAUGAUGAAGAAGUCACGUCUGCUUUUCCUCUCCGUGAUGAGCAUAUCCUCAGCACACUUCUAUCGCGCUGAGCCUGGCUCCACUGUUCCUCUAUCAUUCCAGACGGAGGCAGUCUGCGAAAUAUCAAGGCAUCUUGUGGCGCUCAAGCAAACAAGCCCAGGUGAAGCCGGCACGUCGAGCGAGCAACUUUGUCCGAAACCGACAGGGAGCAUCCACCCUGUAGCCACCGAUGUGUUGAUAGGUAUCAUCCUUCUCGGCAUGACUUCAAGUUGGCAUGAUCCGUCUGCGCUCGGGCUAUGUCACAUCCAAGGGUGCCGUCAACUCUUCCAGUGGUGGGUGCGUUCCAAAGGGCUUGGUUCACUUGAAGGUUUACAAAGUAUGAGAGAAAAUCACGUCUUCCUAGUCUCUUCCAUGGUUUAUUGGGAAUCCAUGAUUGCUUUUCUCAUUGACCAGGAUACAGACAUCCUAUCUUAUCUUGAUCCUCUUUGCAGCUCCGUGCUCAUACCGCCCACACAGGUUUGUCCCUGGACUGGUGUGGCGACUUCCAUCUUCUUCCUCCUGGCCAAAGCCGGCAUAAUCAUCAGGAAAAGGAGAGCACUCCGGCAUUCCCAUCUCCCAAACGAAAACGAAAAUGAAGUAUCCGUGGCGCCAGAUCAUAUGCAGCUUUUCACAGAAGCCUGCAGCGUGGAAAACGCCACGCUGGAUGUUCGAAUUCCUUUCCCAACCUCCAUCGCAGACACCGGCGAUCUUCAAACUCCGCCUUCGCAUUUCAGCCAGCUGGCCCGAUGUUAUCAAAUGGGCAUCCGACUGGAACUUUACCGUGCGUUCCCAGAGCUCGCGGAAUCCCGUAUGCAGCUGGAACCAGCGGCUGUGAUGAUGGUGCCAUGUGACGGGAUCGACAGAGUGUCGCAGCUGGUCCUGGGUCUCGCGUUUGAAAUUCUCGACAUUCUCGGGACGAUCCCGCACGAUUCCGGCACCAUUGCCACACAGACGCUCAUAUUUCUCAUUGCUGGCGCGGCGCUGAGGCAAAGCAAGCCAGGUGCGGGUGGCUUGCUCACGUCAGAACAAAACAUGUUGAAUCAUGCGGUGCUUCGUCGGAGGAGAUUCAUUCUGCAAAGGCUGAAUCGCACAUAUCACAUUGUUGGCCUACGCACUAUCGAGCGGGUGUGCACUCUUCUUGUCCAUGUCUGGUCAGGCAUGGACUCUGGCACAGAAUCUCAACAACAUGUGAGCAGUUGCAACGAGGAUUUGAUGUCAAAGACUCAUUGGAUAGACGUCAUGGAGGAACUACGGUUGCACACUAUACCUGGCUGA